AUGACAAGUAGAAAAGCAUCAUCUUCAUCCUCUUCAUCAUCAUCAAAGAAGGGUGAUGACAAGUACACAAUCAUCCUCCCAACCUAUAAUGAAUCUGAUAAUCUUCCCAUCAUCAUUUACUUGAUUGAUAGUGAAUUAGAAAAGAAUUUUAUAGAUUAUGAAGUAGUUAUCGUUGAAGAUAACAGUCCAGAUGGUACAUUACAAGUAGCACAACAACUUCAAAAAAUAUAUGGUGAAGAAAAGAUAAAGAUUCUUCCACGUCCAGGAAAGAUGGGUCUAGGUUCUGCAUACAUGGAUGGUAUUAAAAAGGCUACUGGUAAUUGGAUCAUUCUAAUGGAUGCCGAUCUUUCUCAUCAUCCAAAAUUCAUUCCACAAUUUAUUGAGAGACAAAAGAAAUUAAAGUGUGAGAUUGUAACAGGUACACGUUAUCAAUCGGGUGGAGGUGUAUAUGGAUGGAAUUUCUAUAGAAAGCUUACUAGUCGUGUUGCCAACUACAUUGCCACAGUAUUCUUGACACCAGGUGUAUCUGAUUUGACAGGUUCAUUUAGAUUGUAUAGAAAAGAUGUCUUGGAGAAAUUGAUAUCGGUCAACAAGUCAAAGGGAUACGUCUUCCAAAUGGAAAUGAUGGUUCGCGCAAACCAAUUCAACUACAAGAUUGGUGAAGUCCCAAUCACCUUUGUCGAUAGAAUCUAUGGUGUAUCUAAUUUGGAUUCUGGUGAAAUCGUUGGUUAUCUUAAAGGUGUUAUGACUUUAUUCUUUGAUAUCUAA